AUGGUAGGAUUCGUACCUUAUCCUGAUAACCUCAACUUGGACAAGCUGAGUGAGCCUAUUCCAGGUACCCAAUCUCAAGGUCAAAGUGCAACAUAUCGAUGUGCUAUCUGGGACAAACAAUGGUGGGAGAACCUUCCUGAUGAACCUACCACCCUCUUCGAGUUAUUCGAGCAAUCCGUCGCUCGUCAUCCUUCUCGAGCAUUAUUCCUUCGACGACCCCUUCUGCCGUCCAGCCCAUCUGCACCAGCGUCCACCACUCAAGAACCAGUCUACUCCCGUACACUGGUUCCAACAUCUUACGGAACCGUACAAACUCGACGAUCCAAUCUUGGUUCAGCCCUUUUGGCUUUGGAAAGAGAUGGCAGACUCAAAUCGUCUAUAGAGAGGAACGGCGUCAGUCCUCCCGAAAUUACUCAUCCUGGUAUACCGUACUUUGGCAACGCCAACAGAGUAAAAGGUGGUUCGAGGAGGGGUUGGGCCGUGGGGAUCUGGUCGAAGAAUAGAGAGGAAUGGCAAGUGGUCGAUUUAGCUUGUCAGGCUUAUGGAUUGGUGGGAGUCAGUCUGUAUGAGACUCUUGGACCGGAUGUGGCUCAGUAUAUUACGAACCACUGUCCUCUUCCUAUCAUCUUUGCUUCCUCAAACCAUAUCCCCUCACUCCUCAAGAUAGCCCCCAAAUGCCCCUCCCUCAAGAUCGUCGUAUCGAUGGAUCCUCUCCCUCGAUCGGAGCAUGAGCUCCUAUCCCAAUGGGCAGCAAGUCUAGGAUUGGAACUGUUAGUAUUGGAUGAUCUUGAAAAAUACGGUUCGAUGGAUGGGGUUUUCAUCGAACCUGGCCCUGUCAAAGGGGUUCAAGGUGAAUUGGAAUUGGAUAGGGAGAGGGUGGUCACCAUUAGUUACACCAGUGGAACUACGGGCGAUCCCAAAGGUGUGGUGCUCACGAACAAGAACUUGACUUACGCCGUACGUUCCAACAUGCUUGGAUCGACCGAAGGAAUAACCGACGGCGUAGAAUGGAAAUACAUCUCGUAUCUUCCUUUGAGUCAUAUCUUUGAGCGAUUCCUCCACUAUGUCGUCAUGUACGGUGAUGGAACCAUCGCAUUUACCACAGGAGAUGUAACGAAAUUACUCGAAGAUGCUCAGAUCAUUCAACCGAAGUUCAUGGCCGGUGUACCCAGGGUAUGGAAUAGGAUCCAUGCGGCAGUGGCCACUCAGAUGGAAGCUGGCGGGCUGAAAGGAGCUUUACUUCGACGAGCGGUAGAUGCCAAGAUAGCUAAUUGGAGACAGACUGGAAGUGUUACUCAUCCAUUGUGGGACGCUCUUGUCUUCAGAAAAAUCAAAGCAUUGCUGGGUGGCCAGCUGGUCUACAUGUGUUCAGGGGCUGCACCGCUAACUCCGGAAGUUCACGAGAUGCUGAAAAUCUGCUUUGGAUGCGAAGUUGUACAAGGGUAUGGUCUUACGGAGACCAUCGGUACUUGUACUAAAGGUAUCGGUCAAGACGUCAGGGCAGUGGGUACUGUAGGAUUUAUCCAAAACUGUAACGAUCUCAAACUCAUCGAUCAUGCUGAUAUGGGGUACACAAGUCAAGAUAAACCUAAUCCCAGAGGAGAAGUCUGCUUGAAAGGGUACAAUAUCACUCCCGGUUAUCUUCAUAACCCUAAAGCCACCGAAGAGUCUAUCGAUAAAGAUGGGUGGUUCCAUACGGGAGAUAUUGGUGAGGUUGACGCGUAUGGCCAUUUGAAGAUUGUAGAUCGAGUCAAGAACGUAGUCAAGCUGAGUCAGGGUGAAUACGUUGCUUUGGAGAAACUCGAGUCGCUCUAUGCUCUCGAUCCAUUAUUCGCCUCUUUACUCGUACAUGGGGACUCGACCCGAUCAAGUUUGGUUGCACUCGCUGUCCUUGACCCGGCUCAGGCAGCAUCUCUAAUUCACCAUGCGCUGGGUAAACACGUCAAAGCUGAAGAUCUGGCUGCACUUGAAAAAGCAGUGGGCGAUAAGAAGAUCAGGAAAGCCGUUUUGAAAAGGCUGGCCAGGACUGCUAAAGAGCAUAAGCUGAAUGGGUUCGAGAUGAUUAAAGGUGUUCAUUUGACUUUGGCACCUUUCCCUGAAGAUAUCAUGACACCUACAUUGAAGAUCAAGCGUAAUGUUGCCGCUAAGAAAUUCAAUAAAGAGAUUGAUGCAGCGUAUAAAGAAGCUGAAGCUCCGGCUGACAAAGAUGAAGGUGCGGGAGCAGGUGCUGCAUCUAAACUUUAG